CCAAGGCAAACAUGUUCGAAAAGUUGUUGGCACCAUUAGGUCUCUUCGUCGAAGAAGUGACCCAAGAAGCGUAAGUAGAAGACUAUGGCCAAAGCACCAGGCGUUGCCCCUUUUCCGGUGCCAAUUCCCGUCCCCACCACUAACAAUAGUCCCAAGAGAUAUGCGGAAUACACCGUUGAGGAAUUGACCAACCUCACUAUUCUCCAACGUAUCCAGCUCUACGACUGGAGAGUCGAGGCCGUGACUCUUUUGUUCACCAUUGCCUUCGUUGUUCUCUACAAGAUCGGUGAUGUGUACAACCAGUCCUUGGUCACCAAGUACCUCAAGGGAUUGGAACGUUCUUUCACCAAGAACUUCUUCCAAUACGGUGUCACCUCGGACAAGCUCUACGUCAAGGACUCCUCCGAGAACUACUCCUCUUACGCCACCGGUAGAGCCAACAUCGCCAAGGUUGACCUCACCUUCAGAUUGGUCCCAAGACACAACAUCUUUGUGUGGAUUUUAGAAACCGUCAUGUCCUUCUUCACCGAGAACAUCUACGCCCCGGUCGACAAGGUCGAAAUUGUCAUUACCCCAAGCAAGGACGUUCAGUACGAAAACUUCAUUGCUGCUAUUGUCUCUAAAAUUGGUAUGAACGACUUCAGAAAGUUCAACUAUUACUUGUCCUUGACCAAGACGUCCGAUUCUGCCAACUUGCCAGAAUCCUUCGUGUACAUGGGUGAAGCCAACGAAUUCCAAGACAAGAUUACCACCCCAGAAUUGAAGCAAGCUUUGUCUGUUCAAGCCGCUUCUUUCUUGAACUACGUCGCCUUUACUGACCAACCAGUCGAAAGACCUGAGAAUUUGAAUGACUUGAUCCCAAAGAAGAGAGUCAUCAUUUCUACCGGCUCAAUCUCCAACAAGGACCAAUUGAACCAAUUGAACAGCAUUUUGGACGCUGUCUUCAACUUAAUCGACAAGUUAGCUGCUAAGGAUAUCACCUUCAAGUCUGAAGCUCUCAAAAAGGUCGUCAAGGCUAGAGAAACCGAAGUUGCCAAGAUCAACAAGGCCAGAGAAGAAUUGAAGAAGGAAGAACUCCUUGCUGAAAAGGCUAAGUUGAGAAAGCAAGAAAGAGACAGAUUGAGAAACUUGUCCUCAGAAGAACAGGCAAAAUUGGAGAAGAAGGCUUUGGAGAAGAAGCAAAAGAAGCAGCAAAGAAAGCAAAGAGUUAAGAUGUAAGGUGAGGUGUACUACCCCUUACUAUUGUCGAGAUAAACCUAUCUAAUUAAUUAAUAAACGACUCUCGCCAUCCCACCUGUGUUACUUUAUCUGAAUUAAUCAAG